GUAAGAAAGGUUUCAAUGAUCCAGGAAACUUAAAGAAACACAUCAGGAGAGCUCACCCAGGAGAGAAGGUUGGUGUGGAGAGGCUCUACCGUGAACCGUGUCCUCACUGUGGGGAGAAGUUUCCCACAAAGAAGGCUUUGGAGGAGCACCUGGUAACCCACACAGGAGAGAAACCUCACCAGUGCUUUGACUGCGGGAAGGGAUUCAAUGAAUUGUCUAGUCUUAAGAGGCAUCUGAGAACUCAUACUGGGGAGAAACCGUAUGUUUGCCCUCGUUGUGGCAAGCGUUUUAAUGAUCCAGGAAACUUGAAGAAACACAUCAAAAGAACUCACUCCGAAGAACAUUCCAAAGAGGAACCUUCUGAGAACAAUGUUGGUUCUUCAGAACAGGAGGAGACAGUAAAGAAGCCUGUCCUUCAUCCAUGUUCUCACUGUGGGAAGAAGUUGUCAACCAAGACAAGACUAAAGAUUCACCUGAAGACCCACACUGUAGAGAAAUCUCACGUCUGCCCCGACUGCGGGAAGAGCUUCGCUUUCCGUCCCUCCUUGACCAAACAUCAGAAGCUUAGUCAUUCAGAGCACAGAGGAGUGAAACGGCACGAAUGUUCGGUCUGUGGGAAAGUCUUUAAUCAACCAGGAGCCUUGAGGUCCCAUCAAAGAACCCACACUGGAGAGAAACCCCACCUCUGUGCUGACUGUGGGAACAGUUUCUCUUUUCUGUCGUCUCUGAAAAGACAUCAGACACUUCACGCAGCAGGUAGUGCGAAGCCCCACGUGUGCUCUGUCUGUGGGAAAGGCUUUAGAGAUUCUGGAUACUUAAAAAAACAUCAAGCCAUCCAUUCAGAAGAGAAACCUCACCUCUGCUCCGAUUGCGGAAAGACUUUCGCAUCCUUAUUUACCUUAACAAAUCAUUCCAAAUUGCAUCGUUUAAAUAGAAACCAAUUCCAAUGCCCUCAAUGCAAGCGCCAUUUCCCAACAAAGGAAAGGCUGACAAGCCACCAGAGAACGCAUACCGGAGAGAAACCAUUUCGAUGCUCCCAAUGCCACAAACGCUUUUCUCACUCAAGUAGUUAUCAAAGGCACCUUCGUAUGCACACUGGGGAGAAACCCUUCAUUUGCCCCAUUUGCGGGAAGCGAUUUAACGACUCUUCGAACCUUAGAACACAUGUUAGAAGACAUAAAGGAGAGAAGAUAGGCAAGACACAGGUCUCUGAGCCAUGCCCUCACUGUGGGAAGAGGCUGGCUUCUAAGGCAGGGUUAGAGACUCACCUGCGGACCCACACUGGAGAGAAACCUCACCUCUGCGCCGACUGCGGCAAGAGCUUCGGCUUCCACUCAGCCUUGAGAAGACAUCAGAAAACGCAGCACGGAGAGCAAGUAGCAAAGCCGCACGUCUGUUCUGUCUGUGGGAAAGGCUUCAUGGAGUCUGGAGCGCUGAAGAAACAUGGGGUGACCCACGAGGAGAAACGGCACCUCUGCCCCGACUGCGGGAAGACAUUCAGGGUGCUUCAGGCCUUGUCGAAUCAUCAGAGAACCAAGCAUCAAAAAAUUAACGAGCAAGUAAGAGAGAAGAAUCCAUACCUCUGCCUUACUUGCGGCCAGGAAUUCAAUUCAAAGCAUAGAUUGAUAAUCCACGAGAGAAAGCACACAGGAGAGAAACCUUACCAAUGCUCCCAUUGCGACAAACGCUUCACUGAGAAGUCUUACAUGAAACGUCACCAGACGGUGCACACGGGAGAGAAACCUUUCCAAUGCUCCGUCUGCGAUAUGAAGUUCUCGCAUGGUGCAUCUUUAAUACGGCACCGCCUAAUACACUCGGGUGAGAAACCGUUUCACUGCACUUACUGCGACAAGAGUUUCUCUCAGUCGAAUACGCUGAAAACACACAUACUAACACACACCGGAGAGAAACCGUACCCGUGCCCCGACUGCGGGAAGCGUUUCACCGAAAAGAAAGCCAUGAAGAAACACCAGCGCGACACACACGGGACAGACACAUACAGCAACACACACGGGUCAGGGGCACACAGCUCUGCUUUCUCUUUGCCUGGUAAAAAACUGAGAUUGAGUCAAGACCGGAGCCCUCGAGCAAAGCCGUACCAAUGCCCUGACGGUGGCAAGUGUUUCUCAGAGAAAAGAGCUCUUACGAAACACCAGAAGACACACCGGAGAGACAGCGCCCCCUAUUGGUCCGGUAUACUGCAGCAAUGGAGUCAAGAACCGCAACACUCUGAUACUGACUCAGACUCUGACCAAGACCAAGACUGGACCUCUUUAUAAAGACUCAGACCAAGACUGGACCGCUUUAUAAAGACUCAGACCAAGACUCACCAAGACUCAGACCAAGACUGGACCUCUUCAUAAAGACUCAGACCAAAACCAAGACCUCUUUAUAAAGACUAAGACCAAGACCAAGACUGGACCUCUUUUUAAAGACUCAGACCAAGACAGGACCUCUUUAUAAAGUAUCAGACUCAGACAGGACAUCUUUAUAAAGACUCCAACCAAGUCUGGACCUCAGUAUUGACCCCCAGAGUCAGAUUCUGACACUGACCGAGACCAGGACCUAUUUUAUAGAGGGAAUAUAUGAUUGUGCUGUCUUUUGAUUGUUCUGGCCAGCAGUUUCCCAGCCUUUUCCCCUCUCUUCACAGUAUGUCAACCUUCAGUAGCCAAUUCUGCUUUAAUUAUGAGCAAUUUUGUUUUGUUGCAUGUUUUAUUGAGACUUUAGAUUUUGCCCAAUUCUAUAUUAUAACGUAAUAUGUUUUUACAAAAUAAGAGUAAUUGCACCAAAAGCAUGAGAAUAUGAUUUGGUCGGGAGUCUGAAGACCAAGACGAUGAGAUCAACAGUCCAUCUCUGGUGUAAACAAGGGCUCUUUUCAAUCAGAUCCGCUUUAGCGGUGUCGGAGGUAGAACUGCGUUACAGCUGUCAAAUCCACAAGCGGCUCCCGGCGUUGGACCUGAAGCGGACGUUGCAAUCGGCUCCACAGUCGCGUCAACAGAAAUCCCAUGCAGCCUUGUUUAGAAGUUCCAACACUGGAAUGUGAGAUGUCAUCUACACCCAGUUGAAUGAUUUUUUUUAUUUGAGCGUAAUUCUUUCUAUAUAUAUCCUACACUUGGUUGUCGACAGCUCCAACAGUUCCACAUCAGACGCUGCCAAAACAUCCGCUAUGCCGGUUAAUGCUUGAUCACAUUGAAUCUAGGCCUAAGUAUAUACUCUGGCAGAUUAUAUUGAAGUGUGUUUCAAAGACCGUUUUGAGUUUAUGGCAAAACAUCAACAUGGAAACUGUGACAGUAAACGUGUUUGAACUGAGUUUUGAGGUUCUAGUUCUUGUCUUCAGUUAUUUGACUGUCUGGUCAGAGUGGAGAGUUUUACAGCAGAUUCAGAGAUGAUCAAUAUGGACAAUAGUGUAAUUAAUUCUGGCUGCAGUUAAUAUAUUAUAUAAAUGUCAUUUUAACUAACACUGUCCAGAUCUGGAUAAGAGCGUCUGCUAAAUGACGUAAAUGUAAAUGUAAAUAAAAUUGCUACUCGCUUUCUAGCCUGAA